AGUGCUUUAUGCUGUAACCAGAGUCAGAGCUGUAGAUUGCGAGCACCAUCUAAAUGAGUGUCCGACGUGACUUUUUCCUUUUUCUUUGUAAAAUUUGCACGUGAAACUGAAAAAAAGCAGCUCUAACCAAGCCGGUUCUCAGUGAACACAACUAGAAUUCCACUGACUUUUGGAAUACGCACUUCAGUACGACUUUCGCACAUGACUUGUAAUGCACAAGACGCUACGGAGAAGAACAUGUUUUGAGAAAAUUCAAGUAAUUGGCAUUUUACUGCGCAGGAGUCUGGAAGGAUAACGAUUACCAAUCCCGGGGGCCAAUUAAGGGAAUUUAGGAUUCUUCACGCUGAAUGCCGCUGAGAAACGCAUUGAUGGAGCACUUUGGAUAGACAUAAACGAAUUCUUUGGAGUUAUUUUUCUUUCAAGAAGUUCACCCUCGGCAUUUCAAAGGAAUGGAUUUGUGUUUACCGUUUUAGACGAGGGACAGCGAGCCACACGCAGCACAUACAAUCAUUGUGCUAAAAGAGCAAACACUCUUCUAAAACAAGGACACUGCACUGAAUGGUAUACAUCACGACAACACUUCAGAAUCGUCAGCAUACUCUGGCACAAGCAACCUGGCUUCCUAAUGCGAAGCGCACAGUACCUAUCUGCAACUCGCAUCCCAACCGCUUCACUGUGAACCAGAAGAAAGCAACUCAUGGAAGUUUAUGAUUAAGGAGUCAACCUUAUUUGUAUUAAUGGAAGGUUGAUUUUAACGCAGUGGUGUUAACUUAGGCCACUUAGAAUUUAUCGUCGCAAAAAAGGAAAACAAAAUCCCCAUACUACUGUCCACCAUAUCCCAUCGCAUUUGAGUUUGCUUUGCAGUUGAAACAAGGACGCGUAUACAAGAAGGGAAGAGUGCAAUAAACAAGGCUUUUAAAGAUUUUCUUUAAGUAUCGAUUACCCCCUUGCUACUGGCGACCAGCUGGCAAGCCGAACUCUAUUCAUUGCUGAUUUGGCUGGUGGGAUUUACGCAGUUAUCAAUCGAUUUGAAUGAUAUAAUCGUUAAAGUUCACCUGAUUGUUUCAUAAACUGUAAUGAGAAUGGCAGGCAACGGGUGCUAUUGGAAGUAUUACCUCUGGAUUUUAACAGCCAUGUGCAGAUCUGCGUUACCAGUAGCGAAAUCCCUGGAAUCGGUGAUAUGGAGCUCGCAAAAUCCCAAGUUUCAGACGGGGAAGGGUCUGGUGAUUUACCCUGAGAUUGGGGACAAGCUGGACAUUAUCUGUCCUAAGGCGGACAUGGGAAGGCCCUAUGAGUACUACAAGCUGUACCUGGUGAAGAAGCACCAGGCAGACACCUGCAGCACGGUCUUGGACCCCAAUGUGCUUGUCAACUGCAACAAGCCGGAGAAGGACAUGAAGUUCACCAUCAAGUUCCAGGAGUUCAGCCCAAACUAUAUGGGCUUGGAGUUCAAAAGAAACGUUGACUACUACAUCACCUCCACGUCCAACGGGACCCUGGAGGGGCUGGAGAACCGGGAGGGGGGAGUCUGCAGCACCCGCUCCAUGAAGAUCAUCAUGAAAGUGGGCCAGGACCCAAAUGCUGUUGUCCCAGAUCCUGUGAUCACUGAACAGCCCAGCAAAGAGCAGGACAAUGCAGUGAAAGACUCCACUACCACCCCUGCCAAGAAGAAAGAGAGGGACGGAGCUGUGGAGCAAGGCAAUACAGACACCAUCAACCAGGAAGACAAAUCCGACUCAAACUCGGCCGAGGGCAUCUUCAGCUCCAAGCCAGCGCUCUUUGCAGCCAUUGGGGCGGGCUGCGUCAUCUUCCUCCUCAUCAUCAUCGUCCUGAUCAUCCUGCUGAUCAAGAUCCGCAAGCGCGCCAGGAAGCACACCCAGCAGCGGACAGCGGCGCUGUCCCUUAGCACGCUCGCCAGCCCCAAGUGCUCCGGCAACGCGGGCUCGGAGCCCAGUGACAUUAUCAUCCCGUUACGGACUACAGAAAACAACUACUGCCCCCAUUAUGAGAAGGUGAGCGGGGACUACGGCCACCCGGUCUACAUAGUGCAAGAGAUGCCCCCACAGAGCCCCGCCAACAUCUACUAUAAAGUGUGAGGAAGACAGUUUAUAGAAUAUUUGCUUUUAGAAAAUUCUGGCCUACCUUUUACUGCCUAGACCUUCAGAUGUUGAUAGACAUUUUUGAUGCUUAAAACAGUGAUGCAGGAAAGAUGUGGAAGGUCUAUGCGGGCACAGUAGUGGACACUCUUUGAUGUUUCUCUGUAGGCCAAAGGCAGGUUGCGCGGGCCUCAACACCUUCUCCUUCUGUUUCUCGCUAAAAGUGUAUUCUCCACAUUUUCGCUGUUCUGUGUGUCUGGAAGGAAAAGGUGCGAUGCUAAUGCAGUUAGGCAGUUUUGAAAUGGAGCAGCCUGCAGAUGAGACACGAACAAGGCGAUCUCAAAUGGAAGCCCUGAGAAUUUUGACCGGUGAGUCACGGACUUCAGAGCUGAAGUGAAGCCUUUAUAGAUCACUUGUGUACCGGGGCACGGAGCGACAACAAAUACCGCAGUGUCAUUUUCACUCUCACGCCAUGAUGUUUUACCUUUAAUGUUUUUCUUGAAAGUAACCACUCUCCUCCCGCAUCAGUGUCUGCCCAUUCAACACCCAUUUUUGUUUUAUUACCAUUAGUUAAAUUAUGUAAUAAAUAUUUCAUUUCCCAUUUUUGCUGUCACUUGGAACAUUCUCAUUCAUGGCAAUUCCAAGAUUGUGUACCUUGCACUUACAACAUGCAGUCAAGCUUACAUGCUUCACAGAUGUGCUGUGUUUCGUUGCAAGCUUUGAGGUUUUCAAAACAUAUCUGGACAUGCGACUGCAGCACGCAGUCAGGAAAUUCAGCCGGAACUGUGUGGGCCUCAUCCCACAUCAAACGUUAAACAGUUGAACAGCUGACAGGCAAACUCGCUGAAGUGUCGCUUGGUCCUGUUAAUUAAGAUGACAGCGAUAAAAGGUUAUGAUGGAUAACCUCUAAAAUGACUCAAGAAAAACAGUAAGGUCAUGUCUCUAAAUUACAGGUCGCUUCUUAUCUGAAAUCCCUCUGAAAUUCUAGGCUGUCUGUCUGGACCCUUGGCUCCAAAACAGCCCAGAAGUACUACUCUUGGUGAGAAAGAAUAACAAGAUCAAAUUUGUUAGACAAAAAGAAACGUGUGGAAGCAAUUAAGAUAUUAUCAGAAAGGAGAGCAGAUGCUUUCAUUUGUACGUUUUUACUUUUUUGGUAUCUGCUAGAAAACUAGAUGCUUCAGAAGCCAGAGAAAUGUGUUGAUCCAGUGACAUAUAAUUUUCCUGGCAGUUGUAGGGAGUGUGGUUUCCUCAUUCUGGGGAGAUAAUUGAUAAGGGUGUAGGCGAUUGUCACAUCAAUGGGCUGGCUCAGCCUGCUUCAGUGCAGGACUUUGUGACUGAACAAACGGCACCCGUUGCACCAACCAACAAUCUGGCGCAUAUACAGCUGGGAAAAGGUGGCAAGAAAUACACGUGUUAGGUGCAUCUCUGAAAGUAAAAUCAUAAUGACAAACAGCUCUGAUCUUCGUCAGCUCAUUGGUGAUGUGAGAGAAAAAUUUUUAAAUCAAUUUCCAGCACCUGAUUCAAGGCCUGCUUAUCCACUGUCAAGGGGUAAAAUACAGAUUAGCAAGAAACAAUAUCAACUACCCAUUUCUCAAGUCUUACUACAGAAAGGAAUUUUAUAAUAUAAAACUUUCUGUAUGUAAACAUGGGUCUUUUUUACCUCAGGUUUGUUCAUAUUAUCUUCUGUAAUCUCACAGAAGUACACCAAUGCUGUGUCAUUUAAAGCCUAAUCUUAUCUUUGCCUUUAACAGUCAUGCUCUAAUGAACCUCUCUUUGUCAGCCCCUGUAAUUUCCCUGGUCUGCCAUUAGUAACACCAUCUGGCUACCUUGACAAAGAAAUGACUCUCAUUUUCUCCAUAGCAGUUCACUGAGGAACAUGGGCAAAACCCAAAGUUGAAACUUUCCUCAGAUUUUGCUCUAUGUCAAACGUUUUAGGUGUCUCCUUUAUAUUUACAGUCUCCUUGUUACGAGGCAAUUCCCCCCGUAAAGGUUUUAGUCAUGCAAUUCGAUUUAAUAUCGUAAACAAGGCACUGACUUACACAUUCAUCGCAGCAGUCAGGUAAGGACAUGCUUUCACACAAGACUGAAAAUAAAGAUUUCCCGCUCGGGAAAACCGCUUGACCCAUCUGUGAACACACAGAAUUUAUGGGAUUUCAAAGCUUCAGCACAGCUGCAUUUUCUGUUGGAACUGUGAAUUAACUGACCCAAAAAUACUACAUUUUAGUUGCAUUGGUCGGAGUGAUAUUGAAAUACACUGUCUGAACAUACCGAUGAUGUCUUUGGGAGGAGCCUAGAUUUUCUUUUCAGGAAAGGAAAAAAAGAAAAAAACUUGCUGUUCUCUAAUAUAUAAUGACAAUGUUUGGGAAUAGCAAGUG